GCCCCCCCCCCCCCCCCUCUCGCCGCCUCGGGCAAACACAGGGGAGGGAGGGAGGCGAGGCUUGGGCCACGUCAUAUUGCGGAAAAGUUUGAAGCUGCGUAACGCGCAAGAGCAGAGCCGGGCAAGCCGCGAGAGAGAGCCACGGGGAUAAAGAGACAAGCCGGAGAGAGAGAGAGACAAGACGGAGAGAGAGACAAGACGGAGAGAGAGAGAGACAAGACGGAGAGAGAGAGGCACGUGGCAAGAAAGAGACAUAGCCGGAGACAAGCAGAGAGUCGGUAAGACGAGACUGAACCAGAGGUGACACAGAGCGCAGCCACACACGCGCACACAACCACGGAGGGAGAGGAGAGAAGCGAAGGAGACCCAGAGUGAAGAUCGCAUUCAUACAGAGAGAGAGAGAGAAACAACCCGAGAAGACGGAGGGAAACCACAGAGGGAGAGACGCGAAAGAGGACCGCAGAGAGAAAGAAAGGGAGAUAGACGGAGCGAACGCACUUGAUCUCACCUUAGCUCGCCUCGUGCAAGUAGCCCCCGACAUUUACUCCCAGCUCAAGUCACCGCCGCGCAUUCGCGCAGCUGCACAGGCACAGCGAGCGUGGCCGCCCUCACGGAUGGCGUAGCGACCGCCGCGAUGCGCAUCACCGCCGCGGUUCUGACGAACGGCACGACCUGGCUCAGCGCGGCGGCGGCGGCGGCGGCGGCGACGUCGUCGUCGGGGCCCUGGGUCCGGGCCCUGCAAGUCCUCGAGGCGGGAGGGGACCCGGCACAGGAGUCUCCUGUCGUGCCGUUCGUGCCGGCACCGUCCCACCCCAACAAGUCUCAGGAGUGCUUCGGCACGCUGGGGCGCAGCUCGGUGCUGCAGGGGACCCCGUUCGGCGGAGUCGUCGCCGUCCUGGGCAUCAACUUCCUGCUGUGGAUGCUCCUCCUGCUCUUGUUCUCCGUGCUACGCAAGAAGGCGUGGGACUACGGGCGCCUGGCGCUCCUCAACGACAACGAUCGACCCUUGGUGCACGGCCGCUGGAAGAACUACGAUUUCCACGGGGGUCUCUACGAGGAGAGGGGUGCUCGGGAACGCCUGGACUCCCAGUACAGCAUCACGGACUACGAGAGCAAGGACAAGGGUCUGUGCUCCUGGCUCACGGCCAUUUUCCGUAUCAAGGAUGACGAGGUGAAGUACAAGUGCGGCGCGGACGCGGUGCACUACCUGUCGUUCCAGCGGCACAUCAUCGCGCUGCUCGUCGUCGCGAGCAUCUUCUCCCUCGCCAUCAUCCUGCCCGUCAACUUCUCCGGGAACCUGCUGGGGACUUCCCCGACAAACUUUGGCAGAACAACCAUUGCUAAUCUGGAGGCUGGGGACCGGCUGUUGUGGCUGCACAUCACUUUCGCCAUCGUGUACCUGCUGAUGACUGUGGGGCUCAUGCGCAGGCACACGGCCUCGCUGCAGUACGCCGAGGAGGAGCUGGUCACGAGGACCAUCUUCAUCCUCAACAUCCACAAGGACGUCACGGACGAGAGCAAGAUCAUCGAGCACUUCCAGGAGGCGUACCCCUCGUGCAAGGCGAGCCAGGUGCAGUUCUGCUACAACCUCUCCAAGCUGGUGCGUCUCGACCGCGAGCGGAAGAAGGUGGCGAAGGCUCUGAAGUACUAUGACGUGCGGCCCGAGGGAGAGACCAUCGACCCGCGGCCGUGUGGGCACCUGUGCUGCUGCAAAUGCUGCGGGAACCACCAGGAGGUGAACGCGGUGGAGCACUACAGGGGGCUGAAGAACUCGCUGAGCGCCGAGUGUGAGAAGGAGCGCAGCAAGGUGCGCUCACAGCCGCUCGGCAUGGCCUUCGUCACGUUCCAGGACGACCGCAUGACGUCCGACAUCCUGGCCGACUACAACUUGCUGCGUUGCUGGAGGAGGCCGCACGUGUCGCGCCUCUCGGAGGAGCUCGGCGCCAGCAGCUGGAGGGUGCGCUACGCACCGGACCCCAACUCCAUCAUUUGGGAGAACUUGCAGGUGCAGGGCUUGAUGUGGUGGUGCCGCGUGUUCGUGCUCAACGCUCUGCUCUUCCUCCUGCUCUUCUUCCUCACCACGCCCGCCAUCAUCGUCAACACCAUGGACAAGUUCAACGUCACCAAGCCCAUCGAGAGCCUGAACAGCCCAAUCGUCACCCAGUUCCUGCCCACGCUGCUGCUCUGGGCCUUCUCCGCCGUGCUGCCCUUCCUCGUCUACUACUCCGUCUUCCUCGAGUCGCACUGGACCCGCUCGACCGAGAAUCGCACCACGAUGCACAAGUGCUACUUCUACCUGAUCUUCAUGGUUCUCAUCCUGCCCUCGCUCGGGCUCACCAGCCUCAACGUGUUCUUUCGCUGGCUGUUCGACAAGGAUUUCCUGGAACAGGGCUCGGUCCGUUUCGAGUGCGUCUUCCUGCCGGACAACGGCGCCUUCUUCGUGAAUUACGUCAUCACGUCGGCGUUCAUUGGCACGGCCAUGGAGCUGCUGCGGGUGCCGGGGCUCCUCCUGUACGCGCUGAGGCUCUGCUGGGCCCGAUCGAAGGCCGAGCGCAAGAACGUCAAGCAGGAGCAAGCGUACGAGUUCCAGUUCGGGCAGGCGUACGCCUGGAUGAUGUCCGUGCUCACCGUCGUCAUGACCUACAGCAUCACGUGUCCCAUCAUCCUCCUCUUCGGCCUCAUCUACAUCCUGCUCAAGCACAUGGUGGAUCGCUAUAACAUCUACUACGCCUACAUGCCGGCCAAGCUCAACCGGCAGAUCCACUCGGCCGCCGUGAACCAGGUGGUGGCGGCGCCCAUCCUCUGCAUCUGCUGGCUCCUCUUCUACUCGGUGCUGCGUCUCGGGCCCAGAAGCCACAUCACCAUCUUCACGUUCGUCGUGCUGCUCCUGACGGUCACCAUCUGCAUUGGACGAUCCUUCUUCGGCUACUUCAAGUACUGCAGCAUCCACAUCAACCAGAGCGCCUCCCGACAGCCUGCCGAGGACUCGAUCUCGAACGACGGCGUUGCCUACGCGCCCUCCUCACCGACCUACCAGGCGGCCAUGUUGUUGGAGGUGAUCAACGGCGACAGAGCGGAGGAGGAGGACGAGGAGGAGCUCGGGGAGACGCCGGGCCCCACGGGGCCAUCCUAUGGGGCCACGGAUACCGACGCUCCGCUCGAGGCCGCCAUCCAGCCGCGCGUCUCCGGCGUCUGGCUCCUGCAGGAAGAUAACGCCGUCGUGGACGGCGCCGGCGAUCGGCAGUAGCGAAAUUGGGCCUUCGCUGGGCCGCUGGCGGGUCAGGAUUAGGGAUUAGGGUUGCCACCUGUCCACUCAGGACCUCCUCUUCUGAGGCAGCUGUCCUCCCGUGACAUUAAAAGUCCAGGUUUUUGUCAGUUCCAUAAUAAUGAUCAUGCACCACUCAAGAGACCACAUUUACAUGUGGUUUUGCCGUCUUCCUGCAGUGUGAGAUGUGUCUUCUUGCCAUGAUAUGCUCCGGCUGUUUGUGCCUCAGAGGUAGCAACCAGAAUCAGUCUGCAACGACUCAACGCCUCCGCGAUUAGGGAUGGCUCAUCACGAUUCCAGGAUCACGAUUCGACAAGCGAUUGUGUUUUUGUUUACGAAUGUGGUGCAUGUGUGGAAUCUGUCGCGUAUACACAGUUGCCACGAACUAUUCGCAGGGCGCACGUGAAUUGGACGCGAUCGUCGCGCGUCGCGACUCGACGCAUGUGUCGUGAGCGUGAGAGAAUCUCUGUUCGUCGAGGAAUCCGUGAAUCGAUGGCUCAUCGCAUCCCUCCCUCAAGGCCAUGACGCGCGAGGGCAAUUUUCGUGCAAUCGUCACCGAUUAUAAAUUGGCGCGCUAUCUUUCGUUGUAAAUCAUGCCAACGAUGCAGUUGCCGUAAUCUGGACUGGUUAGAUGGCUGCUGCCCCCAGUGGACAAUUGAGCAUGGGCAACUUCCAAUGAGACCACAAACAGAGGUCACUUGACCACCGCAGGUUGUCUGACAAUUUCCAUCAAUGAUUGUGCUCCAAAAUUGCCCCGGUGCAUCAUGGACAUGACGACGUUUUAGCCGAGUCCAAUGGCGCGCACAUGUGAUCCAGCGACUUCCCGGUAGGAUUGGUGGAUCACUGUCUUCGAGAGGCAGGGUUUUUGGUUCAGCCGAAUAGCAAAGUUUGUGCAUUAUCUCCUUGCAUAUUCUGUGGGGUUUCUCUGGUCUCUGGUUUUCUCCCACGAAAGAAAUUGAUCGAAGGAGAAGUUGGCCAACCAUGUGAAAAGCAGGAGCCUCAUGAGUCUUGGAUCUCAAUAAUGCUUUCCUGGAUAAACACAUUUUAUACAUAUUUAAAGCAGAUGUAUUUAUUACUUUGGGGUUUCUUUUUUGCACUAUAUAUAGCCAAACUUUGCAUGCAACGAUAUGUUAUGUAAAGAGAACAAGGGGGAAUAAACGUUGUUUUUGCACAAGGCUCAGACUGUGACGAGGUGAUGUACAUAGGCAGCAAACAACAGUUUCAGCCGCCUAAUAAUGAAAAGCCGUCGUGAAAGAAAUCCGCGGAAGCCAUAUAAAGUAUUUCCACCAAAACGUAUUAUUUUUUUGUAAGAACGUUCAAGCGAAAAUCCCCCCAUAUUUAAACUCACUUAAGCUCGGCAGCAACGGGGGGGGGGCAGGG